UCUGGACACCUCUUCACCAUGAAGCUCAUUUUGUUGACCACCCUUGCUGCUUUAGUAGCAGCCGACGUCAGCCACCUCAUCAACCACCCAGCAUCCAGUUACAAUCUACCCCAAAACACCAUCACCGGUGAUUCCAAAUUUGUAUCCUACUCAACCACCCCCGCUCCCGAACUAGCCCUGUCACUCAACAACCACCAAAACUUUGGGGCCGAAAUCGGCAGCUUCGGCGCUUCUGGAUACUCAACCCCCGCCCCAUUCUUGGACGGAGGUCUUGUAUCCUCUACCCCAGCGCCCCUCUUCAACGGCGUUGUCUCCUCCACGGUGGCUCCCAGCUUUGACCUCAACUCCUUGGGGUCGUACUCCAGCGGCGUGGACGUCAGCAACGUAGGCUACUCCACCCCCGCACCGAUCGUAGACUCCGGCUUGUAUUACUCCUCCACUCCGGCACCGCAACUCCUCAACUACGCCCCACUCGUGUCCUACGACUCGAGCUCGAUCAACUUGGGCCCGAUCACCACCAGCGGCGGUUCCAUCAACGAGGCCUUCGGUCUCUCCGACUACGAGGUUCGUCCCCAAGUACAAGCCCACGAGGUCAACAGACAAGUGUACUUCUACUCUGCACCCGAAGAUGAAGAACCCAUCCAGACUCGCAUCAGAGUAGCACCCGCUACCCCAGUCAAGAAGAACAUCAGGUACAUCUUCAUCAAGGCGCCGUCUGCGCCAACCCUUGGCCAGGUCGAGAUCGCUGCCCCACCACAGGCUGAGGAGAAGACUGUCGUUUACGUGUUGGCUAAGAAACCGGAGCUGGAGCAGCAGAUCGUAGUCAAGAGUGCGCCUGUCACCGAAGCGCCAAAGCCAGAGGUAUACUUCAUCAAGUACAGGAACCAGAAGGAGGCUGAGGAGGCUAUUUCCAAAGCGCAAGGCGGCCAUGCUGAGGGACACGUUUCGGCGUACAACCACGAAGGAAGCAACGACUUUGUCGGUAGCAUCAGCAGAGAAACUACCAGGACUCAGCCCAUCAUCAACUACUCCAAUGAGGCGAGUUCAGCUGGUGAGGGAUCGGUCAUCAGUUCUUCUGGAAUUGGUUCGAGUUCUGGAUUGGGUUUGAGUAGCUUGAACUACGCUGGGGCCUUCCCUGCCAGGUUGGGCGAUGCUAGGUUCCACUUCAGCGCACCAACUUCCAGUUUCAGCUCUUCAUUUGUGAACCAACCAGCCGUUCAGCUCAACCGUGGUUUCAGCUACACCACACCGGCUCCGAUCCCGUACAACUCAGGCUUGAGCUACAGUACAUCUUCCCCACUACAAUACAACUCAGGCUUGAGCUACACCACAUCUUCGCCACUCCAGUACAAUUCAGGCUUGAGCUACAGCACAUCUUCGCCACUCCAGUACAACUCAGGCUUGAGCUACUCCACGGCUGCUCCAAUUCAGUUCCAGAGCUUCUCUACUCCCACUGUGAAUAUCGGUUCUGGAUUCAAGAGUGUAUUCUCUAGAUUCAAUGGACCAGUUGUGUCCAGCACUGCUGAGCCAUCUUCUUUCGCAUCGAGCACUGUAGCCCCUGAGAUUUCUGUUUCGUCGACACCAGCUUUCUCCAGCUAUGGAUUACCUGCCAAGAAAUGAGUCCUCAUAUGAUGUUGUAGGAAAUUCGUUAAUACGCCAUUUUGAUAAUGAUGAGAAGUUGAUACGUUAGCGUAUUCAACAUAUGAUGACGAAGAAUUAUAUAGAUAUGUGUCUGCCAUAAUG